AUGUCAUUCAUUUUUAAGUCGCCACUUGAUAUUGAGAUUCAACUUGAUUCCGAAGACUCUCGUGAGGUUGUUGAAAUCAACUCCCCAAAGGGACGCAAGGAGAGGUUGCUUGUAUACAAAGAUGGCGAAACAGUGAAGGGAACCGUUGUGGUUCGUACAAGAGACAACAAACGAGUUGAACAUGCCGGAGUGCGUGUGCAGUUGCUAGGUACAAUAGAAACACAACAAGACGGCAACUUGAACAGUGAUGAUUUUUUAAGUUUUGCACAAGAAUUGGCAGCUCCAGGUGAACUAAAGAACACAGAAUCGUUUAAUUUUGAGUUUAAAAACGUUGAGAAAAUGUAUGAAAGCUAUAGAGGUAUUAAUGCCAGGCUUAAGUACUACUUGAAAGUUACAAUUACCAGAAAAAGUGCAGAUGUUAUCAAGGAGAGAGAAUUGUGGGUUUAUCAGUAUGUCCAACCAGGUGUACUUACAACAAAUUCCAAAUCCCGUAAGGUGAUGGCUGACCGAAAUAAGAAGGAUUUGCCAUCCUCUGCAGAUAGCAACGAAAAGGCUAUAUCGACGGUGAAGAUGGAUGUCGGUAUUGAAAACUGUCUACAUAUUGAAUUUGAAUAUUCCAAAAACAAGUAUCCAUUGAAGGGUGUCAUAGUCGGCCGGAUUUAUUUCCUAUUGGUGAGACUCAAAAUAAAGCAUAUGGAAUUGAGUUUAAUCCGUAGAGAGACCGUUGGAAGUGGCACGCAUCAAUCAAGUGAAAGUACAACUGUUGUAAGAUUUGAAAUUAUGGAUGGUGCACCGGUAAAGGGUGAGACUAUCCCUAUACGGUUGUUUCUCGGUGGCUUUGAUCUUGUUCCAACUUAUAGAGACGUCAACAAGAAAUUCAGCACCCGUACGUUCUUAAGUUUGGUCCUUAUAGAUGAAGAUGCGAGAAGAUAUUUCAAACAAAGUGAAAUUGUGCUAUAUAGAGAUGAAUAA